AUGGGGCCUGAUUUCUUACCCUAUUUACCUGCGGUACUUCCUCCAUUGUUAACUGCGGCAAAGGUGGCACAAGAUUUGGCUCUUUUGGAAGAAGAAGAUGUUGAGGAGUUCAGAAACAAUGAUGAGUGGGAUGUAAUCAGUAUUUCUGGAAAGAAUAUUGCAGUUCAUAUGGCAUCCUUGGAUAGCAAGGUAGUGGCGUUAGAUUUGUUGCGAACCUAUGCUGUCCAAUUAAAGGGUUCCUUCAAUCCGUGGGUUAAGGAGAUUGUCACGGAUAUUUGCAUUCCUGCCCUCGACUUUUUUAUGCAUGAUGGUGUACGUGGUGCCGCAGCCUUAACUCUUGCGGCCAUGUUACGCUGCUCUGUUUAUGCAACUGGUUCUGAGUCUAAUGAUACCUUGCAAUUAUGGAGGUUAAUUUCUGACAAGUUGAUAGUAGUCUCCGAAAGUGAUCCGGUAUCAGAAAUAUUAGUGGCCUACUACUCUUCUCUUGUUGAGUGUAUCAACGUGUUAGGUCCCAAUUCGUUGGAAGAGUCUCAGCUUCAAGCUUUGGCAUCAUCUAUUAAUUCCAACUUGAUGCGAAUUUACGCCAGACUCAAAAGUUUCGAGAAGGAUGAAAACGAAUACACAGAAGAUGUGGAUGUUGAAGAUGAAGAAUAUUCCGACGAGGAGCUUUUAGAUGAGAGUCAUUCCUUGAUUACUGCUAUUUUCAAAAACGCAAAAUCUCACUUCCUCAAAGCUUUCCAAGAAUUGACACCCACAAUUGCUACCUUCAUCAAGGAUGAAAAUAUCAACGUUAAAAGUGUGUGGUUUGUGGAUUGUAUCUGA